AUGGCUCACUGUCAACUAAACAUUUUUCCUGUUGAACUUAUUCAUCAAUUAUUAAGCUAUUUUUCCACUCAGGAAAUUUUAUAUACAUUUUUUAAUGUUAGUUCUUAUAUCGAUAAUGUUUUACUUGGUGAUCCAAUUUUUUGUGUAAAUUUCAAAUCAAUUAAAAAAAGUGAAUUUGAUCUUAUCUGUCAACAAAUCAUACCGAAUCAAGUUAUUUCAUUAAUAUUAUGUGACAACGAAAAUACACCAGGUCAAGCUGAAAUCUUUCUAUCUCAUUUUCAAAUUGAUCAAUUUACUUGUCUUCGUUCAUUGAAAUUAAUUGAUGUUGGACCAGAUUUUUGGGAACCUAUUGUUUCAAAAUUAAAUGGCCUUAAAAAUUUACGCUCUUUUUUAUAUAUUUCAUCGACUAGAAUAGAUUCGUGGAUUUCUAAUCUUCCAGAUGAUGAAGUUACUCAACUUGAUCAACGUUUGUUUGAUAGUUACAGUUCAAUACUUCCACAAUUGAAUCGAUUGACAUUGGCUCAUGGAGAUUUUUUUAAAUCAGUUCAGUUUCCAUAUCUUCAUCAUUUAACAAUUGGACGAUGUAAAGCCGAUAUUAUAAGACAUAUAUGUUAUGCUGCACCGCAACUUAAAUCACUAAAAGCUGACCUUCGAUGUAAUGAAUCGACUAUGGAGUUUAUUUUUCCAUUUGGUCAAUUGAAACGACUUACUCUAACAAUUGAAGGUAUAUCUGUCUCAAUGAAACAUAUGGAACAACUAUUAGGAAAUCUUCCUAAUCUUAAAUAUUUAGAAUUACACGGAAAUGGUCAUGCUGAUUUAGUUGAUGGUCAACGAUGGGAAAUGAUAACAAGUCAUCUUAUAACAUUCAACUUCUUUUUUUCUGUACCAGACGAGUUAGAUGCACAAGAUCUUGAUUCAUUCCGUAGCUCAUACUGGCUUGAUAGGAAACAUUGGUUUGUUGCUUGCCUAAAUAGAUCUCUAUUUUCUGUACCUUAUUUUGCUGAAACAUGUGCCAAUGAAGAAUUUCAACCGAUUACUAUUUCGACAUUGUCUGACAACACAAUUUUCUAUAAUUAUAUUAUUCAGUUAACACUUUCAGAGCCGGUUGUUCACAUAAGUCAACGUUUUUCUCAAGCUCACACAUUAGUUAUGUUUCAUUUCAUUUCUUUAUCAUCUAUUGAACAGAUUGUUGAUCUUAAUCGAAUACAAAAUUUAAUUCUUUAUGCAACAACAAAUUAUUCUGGAAUUAAAUUUCUUAUAAACGAAAUGCCAAAUCUUUAUCGUCUUUCUAUUAGAAAUAAAAUAAAAAACUUUAUUGAAGAAGUUCAAUGUAAGCCAUAUGAAAAGAUUCGAAAACUCGAUAUUGGUAAUCGCUAUUCGACUAAUGAUGAUUAUGAGAAUGAUUACAGUAUUGAACAGUUAUAUAUUGUCUUUCCUAAGAUCGAACAGUUGAAUAUAGGUCAUUGGUGUUCAACAACGCACGUAUUUCAUUUCAUCAAUCGAUUUCCUCAAUUAUCAACUGUAUCAUUUCAUUUUUCAAAUUGGAUUCUCAGCGAAGAACAAAGAAAUAAGAAUAUGAUAGAAAUUAUAUCAAUUCUAGAUCAAAACCGACGGUCUCAAAAAUUUAAUUAUACAUACCGAUUCGAUAGAUCAUCUGUGUAUAUGUGGUUAUAA